AUGUCUACAUUGUCACUGGUGAUUCCUCCUAUCUCGAUCAAAACGAUUUUAACGUGUUUAUUAUGGUACCUGAUAUCAUCUAUAACGUCGCAAUUGACAAAGCUUAUAUUGGUGAAGUUUACAUAUCCAUUAUUCUUGAGUCAAUUCCAAUUUCUUAUUAGCACAUUGUUGGCAUUUGCUUUUAUUUCUAUUGCAAGGAAGUUUCCAGAUGUACAACAGCAUUUUCCAUUGGGAAGUUUGCCAAAUAAUCCUAGCAAACCAAUUUUUGAUAAGAGCAUUUUGAUUGCAGUAUUGCCAUUAGGUAUUUUUCAAUUUACAGGUAAGUACUUCUCAUUGAAUGCUACAUCAUUGAUACCGUUGUCAACAGUAUCAAGCAUAAAGGCGUUAUCACCAUUGUUGAUUGUAGCUGGCUAUAGAGUGAUAUACAAUGUGAAAUUUCCAUUUAUAACUUAUCUUUCAUUAACACCUUUAGUUGGAGGGGUAGUGUUGAUCAUUGCAUCCGAAUCAAUGAAUAAUAGUCCUGGGUCUAAAAGUACUUUAUUAAGGAACGACGAGGACGAAUUUGAUUAUAAAAAAAUAAAAGGGUUUGUUUUUUGUCUUAUAAGUACUAUAGUAUUUGCUGCACAAAGUAUUUAUGGAAAAAAAUUGUUUACCUGGAACAGUAGUUCAACUAAUAACAAUCCAGCUUCUUUGGCACUCAAUACCGAAGCAAGCAAGCCGGGAACUCCAGCUUUGGAGCAAAAUUUUGCAUUUUCACCACCAGAUAAUAAAUUUUUUGAUUUUAGCCCCAAGAAAUCUAAAAAGUUUAUCAGGCAGAGAACAAAUUCAAUAAAAUUACCAUUUUCUACCUCAGAUUUAAGGCUUGAUGAAAAGAAUGAAGAGAUUGGCCGUCAGCAACUUCCAUAUACUAGAGCUGUACAAAAUAAUGAUACAAUAACUAAUCCGUUUGCAUCUUUCACGAAUGAUUCGUUAGGAGAUAAUAAUAAUAAACCUGAUAGAAUGACUACAAUAUUCUAUUGUUCAAUGAUUGGGUUCUUUUUCUCUUUCGGUGGAUUCAUCGUAAAUGAACUUUCUAGCAUUUUUAAAGAACUUACCGAUCCGGUAGAAAGUCUUACCAAUAUUCCAAACCAAACGACAGACUUUGUAACGGUUCUAUGCUUAAUAUUCCUAGAUUCAUUAUCACAUUUCUCGCAAAUGAUAUUGGCAUUCCAUUUACUAGGUCUGAUUCCUGCGUUAUCAUACUCAAUUGCCUCUAUGAUGAAGAGAAUCGUUAUAAUUACUGUUAGUAUAAUCUUGGCAAUUGGUUCGACGCAACCACACGAAAGAGAUAGUUCUAAGUGGUUUGGUAAAAUAAACACGCAACAGCUCUAUGGUUUGAUAUUAAUUGCUAUCGGACUAUAUUGCUAUGAUAGAUGGGGCUCAAGAAGUCUAAAAGCCAAUCGAAUUUGA